UUUCCGGGGCCAUAACAGAGUUACAAGCAGUCUUAGGAGGAGGGAAAAAAGAAGAUGGCAGGCACUAAAUCAGCAUUAGUUUUGUGCAUGGAUGUUGGGUUCUCCAUGUCCAACUCUGCCCCGGGUGAAGAGUCUCCCUUUGAACUUGCCAAAAAAGUCAUCCAGAAGUUCGUCCAGCGCCAGGUUUUUGUGGAGACCAAAGAUGAACUGGCUUUAGUUCUGUUUGGCACCGACUCCACCAAGAACCCACUGGACCAAGAUGGCCAGUACCAGAACAUCACGGUGCAUCGUCACCUCAUGGUGCCUGAUUUUGAGCUUCUGGAGGAAAUAGAGAAUCAGAUCCAUCCCGAGAGUCAGCAGGCUGAUUGGCUAGAUGCUCUCGUUGUCUGCAUGGAUCUUCUUCAGACAGAAACAAAGGGGAAAAAGUGUGAUCGUCUCAACAUUGUCUUCCUGACUGACCUCAACACUCAGGCCAGCCAAGAGCAGCUGGACGUUAUUAUUGAAAACCUGAAACAAGCUGACAUCACCCUGCAGUUUUUUUUGCCUUUUCCUGUGGAGGAGGACGAUGAAGAGGGUGGAGGAGAUGGGGAAAGGCGAAGUCCAGGUCACCCGGGCAUGGGUAAAGGUCUGUCCAGGGAACAGAAGAAUGGCCUGGACAUGGUGAAACACAUCAUGCUGAGCCUGGAUGAGGAGGAAGGCUUGGAUCAAAUUUACUCCUUCAGGAACGCAAUCGAGCAGCUGUGUAUGUUCAAGCGUAUUGAGAGGAGACCCAUGGCCUGGCCGUGUCAGCUGACCAUCGGCGGCUCUCUGUCCAUCCGUAUUGUUGGAUACAAAGCAGUGACAGAAGAGAAACUGAAGAAAACGUGGAUAACAGUUGACGCUCAAACCACCCAGAAAGACGAUGUGAAGAGAGAGACUGUCUACUGUCUGGAUGAUGACAAUGAGACAGAGGUGCAGAGGGAUGAUACCAUCCAAGGUUUUCGUUAUGGAAGUGAUAUUGUUCCCUUCUCCAAAGUAGAUCAAGAGCAGAUGAAAUACAAGCACGAUGGGAAGUGCUUUGCUGUUCUCGGCUUCACCAAACAGAACAUGGUAUGUCGCCAUCAGUUCAUGGGGAGUCAAGUAGUCAAGAUCUUUCCUGGCAAGGAUGAUGAGCAUGCGGAGGUUGCGCUGUCCUCUCUCAUCCGAGCGCUAGAUGAGCUCCAAAUGGUGGCCAUUGUACGUUACGCCUAUGACCGGCGCAGCAACCCUCAAGUAGGAGCAGCCUUCCCGUGCAUCAAGCGGGACUAUGAGUGUCUGUUGUACGUCCAGCUGCCCUUCAUGGAAGACCUCAGACAGUUUACAUUUCCUUCUCUUGAAAACAACAAAAAGUUCACUCCGUCAGACACCCAGCUGUCAGCUGUGGACUCUCUCAUUGACUCUAUGAUGCUGGUAGAAGAGGAUGAAAAAUCAGAAAAAAAGGACCUGUUCAAGGUCCACCACAUUCCAAAUCCUGCCUUCCAGAGGCACUUUCAGUGUCUGCAUCAUCGGGGAGUAAGCCCCGGCACCCCUCUUCCCCCCAUGGAGCCAUGGCUGAAGGCUGUUCUUGAGCGCCCUGAUGUUAUUGGUGAACGUUGCCAAGCUCCACUGGAGGAGCUGAAGAGGAAGUUUCCUCUCACAGAAGUGGAGAAGAAAAAGCAGCUGAAGACUAGUGCUCAGAUAUUUGGCAAAGACUCUGAGGAGCCCGAAGCCAAGAAGGCAAAAGGAGACGAAGAGGAUGAGGAGUAUAACCUGGCUGACAUUGCCGAAGGCUCUGUUACUUCGGUGGGAAGCGUGGAUCCAGCCCGAGACUUCCGUACUCUGAUCAGGCAGAAGACUGUUGCAUUCGGAGAGGUCUGUCAGCAACUGACUCACAGGAUAGAGCAGUUGCUUAGCAACAAGAACACACACUACUACAUGAAAAGCAUCACCUGUAUCCAGGCUUUUAGAGAGCAGUCCGUUAAGCUGGGGAAUGCCGAUCUGUACAACAGCUACCUCCAGUCCCUGAAAAGAAGCAUCCCAAACAGGGGGCUGGAGGUCUUCUGGGACCUGCUUGUUCAAGAUGCAGUAACUCUGAUCAGCAAGGACGAGGCUGAGGGAAGCACCGUAUCCAAAAACGAAGCUAAUCAGUUUCUGGUUGCUGAGGAGAAGAAAGAGGAGGCGGCUGCACCAACAGCUGAAGAUACCGGAGAUGUAGAUGACUUGCUGGACAUGAUGUAAGAAGGGAGGCAAUGGGAGAGUCUGCAGUGGACAUGCAGAGAAAUGAGAAGAAUGCAAUCAUUCAGCCUGGCCAGACCAAACCAGUUCAGCCGUCCAUUGUUCCUCCUCCCACUUGGAGACCCCUGAUACUUGUAACUGGUGAUACAGAGCAACCGCAUACAUACUGCACAGAAUGAUGUUUGACCAUUGUUUAUACCAGUACUGUAUAAAUGACAACUGUUAUGUACAGUAUGUGAAGCGCUUUAAAUGUUUUGUCAUUUUCAGUAAUAUUGCAUACACUGAGUGCUUUAAAUCUCAAAAAGAUUUUUGUGCUCUAGAAACCCCUUGUGAUUGAACAGAAGACAGCACUGCCUUGUCCAAGAAACUGAAGGUUUAUUAUUUUAAAUCAGUAAAGCUUAAUGUUGUAUGAAG